CGCGAGGAUCUUCUCGAUUUCAAACGUCAACCGGCGCGACAUAGACACUCUGUUUUUUAAUUUAAAGCGAAUCGGUUGUGCGGUUUUUCCGGGCUAAUUUGAAAGUAAGAAAAAGUAGGAAAAAAAAUAAAUUUAUUUAAAAAAUAUAUUGUUCGUCGAUUUCGUUCGUCCUGGGAAAUCGACACCCGAGUGGGUUGAAGAGAGUGCGCGCAUGACGGAGCCCAAGGGAUAAAUAAGGCUCAACUCGAUGUCCAUCUUCAGCUCCUCUUUGAAGGAAAUCUUUCUAAAAGCAAAAAAUAAAUCUUGAAGGUCAUCAAGGAAAGCAGAAAGGGUGGAAUUCCUGGACACAUUAAGAUAUAAGAAUAAGGUCCUUGUGAUUUGGGGCAAGAAACUCGAUCAAGCAGAAGACGAUAGGGAGUGCCGCUCGUCUGAAUCGGCUGAGAAUUGAGAAGAUUCAGAAGACUGAAGACUGAUGUCUGAAGGUUAAAGGGAUAUCUAUGCUCGAAUAUAAGCUAAACUCGAACGAGCGAAAGAGUGCAAACAAUAGCUGGUGGGUUUCGAUGGGCUCGUAGUGUACACUCGUAUUUGUAAUAUCGUAACGAUAGCCCUGCACGGUAGGCAGGAAGGGAUCGUCAAAGGGGAGAACGCAGUAUCGCCAUAGCUAAUCGUACCACCCAAGGUGGCACAGAUUGAGAGCCCCAUCAACACACAUCCUCCUCUGUCAGCAGUCCAGUAGCCACGGAUACCACCGGCUGCAAUCAGUAUAGGUUGAUUGUGUCUACCAACUACAGACUUACAUAGAUCUGAUAGUUUCGUCGUUGUGAGCACCAGCGACCGCCAUUUUUUAAGCUCGUCGCACGUCCCCAUUAGGGCGCGCCGCACGGAACUUCCGGUCAACCGGAAGUCACAGUCCAUGUGAACGGGCUCAGAGCGUCUCGUCAGGAUCCUUGGAAAGAACAUGGAAGUCGCUACUGAACUAUCGCCCUUGUCUGGAGUAGAUGGACCAAACAGGAAAGAUGAAAGGAAAUCAUAUUAUCCUGAAGAACCAAGUAGACUACCGAGGACAAGAAAGGAAAAGAUGGCAACAUGUUUGAGACACAAUGCCUUAACUUUACUCACUGUUUUUGGAGUGGUGGGAGGGGUAGUUCUUGGUAUAGGAUUAAGAGCAAGUCGAGAAUCAUGGAGUCAAAGAGAGCAGAUGUACGUAAAUUAUGCUGGAGAAUUGUUCUUAAGGAUGCUAAAAGGCUUGAUCUUGCCUUUGAUCAUGUCCAGUUUGAUCUCAGCUAUCGGAUCUCUCGAUCUUUCUCUAAGUGGAAAGAUAGGAAGUCGUGCAGUCAUCUAUUACUUUGUUACCACCAUCAGUGCUGUUAUUUUAGGUAUAAUUUUGGUGAUUUCGAUUCGACCUGGUGCUGGUGACAUUAAAUUUGAAAAUAUCACGGAAUCGAAAGAGCAGCGCAACGUUACAACCCCCGACACAUUGUUAGACUUGAUCAGGAACAUGUUUCCACCUAAUUUGGUUGAAGCAUGCAUUUCGCAGUACCGAACAGGAAUAUACUACGAUUCUGAUCCGAGAAAAAAUCAAUCGAGCAUUGAUAAGUUCACAUGGACUAUAAGAGAUGAAUCAGCAAGCGGCACCAACAUCUUAGGUCUUGUUGUCUUUUCCGCAAUCUUGGGUAUUACUUUGGGAAAAAUGGGUGAACCUGGAAAACCUUUGUUAUACUUUUUCGAAGCUCUUUCAUCCGCGAUGAUGAUAAUUACAAACUGGGUUGUUUGGUUGUCUCCCCUUGGAGUGCUUUUUUUGGUAGCUGCAAGAAUAAUAGAAAUCAAAUCUAUCGAACAAACAGUUAAACAGUUGGGGAUGUAUUUCAUGACUGUACUGAUUGGGCUGUGCAUUCAUGGAUUUCUGAUACUCCCAGCAAUAUUUUUCCUGCUCACGAAGAGGAAUCCUUUAUCUUACAUUUCCAACAUGGCACAAGCAUUAGUAACAGCUUUCGGAACUUCUUCGAGUUCUGCAACACUUCCAGUUGCCAUUGGUUGCUUGGAGGACAGAAAUGGAAUUGACCCGAGAGUUACGCGUUUUGUUAUGCCGAUAGGAGCGACGAUCAAUAUGGACGGUACUGCUCUAUAUGAGGCUGUGGCUGCUAUCUUCAUUUCGCAAACGCUUAAGCAGGAAUUGAGUCUUGGUCAAAUUGUGGCUGUCAGUAUCACUGCAACUGCUGCAAGUAUUGGUGCAGCAGGUAUCCCGCAGGCGGGAUUAGUGACAAUGGUUAUGGUACUCGAUACAGUUGGAAUUGAUGCUAAAAAUGUGGCUACAAUCCUGGCAGUUGAUUGGUUACUAGACCGCUGCAGGACGACUGUGAACGUACUAGGAGAUUCACUAGGUGCCGGAAUAGUACAUCAUCUAAGCAGAAACGAAUUAUCGGCUCUUCCACGAGUGGAUAAAAUGACUUCGGAUCAUCAUGCCACUUCGAUAUGAGCUUACUAACGAAAAUAAAACUCGCGAUUAACGCCAUGCGUGUUCGACACACAUUUUCGCUUACUAUAUUCAACUUGGAUAUUUGGCAAUGUCCAUAAAUAAUGCAGAGGCAGGAUCUUAAAGUUUUUAAUCGAUACGCAAGAUUUAUGUGAUAAGUUUGAGUUUUAUCAACACAAAGAGCUUUAUUUUGAGGACUUACUGAACAAAAUAUUUUCUUAUUAAAUUAACUAUUUUGUUGUGGAAAUCCUUACAAAGUACGUUAUAUAAAACGUUAUUCAAUUGUGCAUAUAUUUUAUCACUUUCUUGUCAGGCACAAGAUGGCUUAACAUUCUAAAAUAUUUUCCUAUCGAUUGUUUACUCUUCUAAAGACAUAAUUUUAAAUCAGUGCUUGUGAAGUUUUACUUUUAAAUUAUCAGAUAAUUGAAAUAGUAUGUUACGCGUUAUUAUGGAAAUUUUAAAUUAAAUAAUCGCAACACUGAGUGUAAAAGAAGAAAUUCUGGCCUCUGUUUGUACUCGAGUGUUCAGUGCGUUGAAAAUAGAAAGUCUGCACAGACAAUAACCAACUCGAAUCUAAGAAUGCUUCCUUUUAGAUGAGCUACUUCUACUCAAUAAUUUAAAAGCCACCAGUUUGAUACAACUCAAGAAAUUUUGAACCGCUUUUAAAGCACUUUUCAAAAAGCAGAUGAUGCAAAAAGCUUCAUUAGCUCAAUAAGUUUGUACAAUUAUUGUACAUUGUACAUGGUAAAAUGUGUAAACGAAGAGAAAAGAUCGCUGCCAAAGUACUCGUACAUCGUUAGUCGCCUCGAGACUCGAUACUCGCUCGAAAUUUCGAAUAUAGUGAUAUAAACGCAUAUGAGCUUCCACUGUUCAUUAGCUGCUAAUAAUAAUGAGUUGAAUACUAUAGAAAAAGAAUUAGGAUAAAAAAAAAUUCAACUACAAGUGUUCUAGCCAACUCUCAUUUUACAUGUACUCGUUAUUGUCUUCUAGGUAUCAGUCAUUGUUGUAGCGGUACAGUUCACACAGCAUAUGAGAUCCAAUAGCCCUUAGACAUGACAAACUUUCUCCAUGAGAUAUAGUAUAUGUAUAGUGAGAAAAUAUCUAUGUUUGCGAGAGUAAAUAUUUACGGAUGCAAGUACUGUACAUUAUUUAAAACAAAAUUGCUGCAUUUGCAAAUUUGAGCAAAUCUUUGCUAACAGUUGCUGUUUUGACAAUGUUUUAAAAUGGUUUCAAGAUUGUUUUAGCAUUGCCUUAACAUUGUUUCAAGAUUGUUUUAACAUAUUGUACUAGUCUAAUUGAAAUUUUCGUGAAUUUGGAAGAUAUCUUCAUUGUGGGCGAUUUGUGGCAAUUAAUGAGACUGCCGCCACAGAGAACUUGUGUAUCCAUGUGGUGGUCAGGGUAUUGAUUGAGUUUGACCGAGAGGAUAGGAGUUUCGUUGACAAUGGAGGAUCUAAUUAAUCGUACCUGGCCAAAUGAAAUCACCGCACACAAUCAAACUGAAAGUAAAACUUGUACUGUAUAUACAACGAAGGAACCAAAAACAUGAUUUGAAAAAUUAUAUUAUACAAAUUGAAAAUAGUGCCAUAUCCAGAAGCUCAAAAACACUAGGAAAAACAGCGCUUUUUAACUCAGUUUCAAACAGGGAUUAUUUUAAGGGGUGAUUGUGAGUAGUUACAAAAGUUGGUGAAAAUAUGAACGCAAGAGGCCAAAUACUCGAAAUAAAUAAAAAAUGUGGGUGUAGAUUUAUUGCUAAAAAAUUCGUCAGGAAUUUUUACUUCAAUAAUUGAAGUUUUCUUCAGGGAUAUCUGUAUUUUUAUGAAACGCAAUUGAAAUUUCAAUUACACUUAUAACUGAAAAGUGAUUGUAUUUUCAAAUAAUUCUAGCAAUGUCUUUCUGUGAUUGGUUUCCCAGAAAUUGGUCGAUCUUUCUAGUACCAUUAGGCAUUUUCACUUUAUCACAGAUAACUUAACUUCGUUGAAUGCUGAGGGGGAAAUUAUAUACCAAAUGCAUGGGACAAAACUUGAUUUUUGUGUUAUCUUCGUAAUGUAUAAUAAUUACUCAUAUUUUAAUAUGUCCUUAAAUAGUUCUUAACAAAUAAAAACUAUCUGAGACAUGUCGUAUUUUACUGGCCUAGGUAUGUAAUAUACUAUUUACGAAGAUAUUUGCAAAAUAGGGCAACAAUGGACGGAAUCCCAUGCAUUUGGUCCAUUAUUUUCCCCUCAGCAAUCAAAGAAGUGAAGUUAGCUGGCGAUUGCAGUGAAAAUACCUAAUUAACCAAAUUUGAAAUUUAAACA